AUUGGGAUAACCCUCGGGCAACACACUCCACAUAACCGGAGACGGAGCUCCAAGAGAAUUCCAGAAUGGGGAAUCGGAAAAGGGUCCUCUUAUUAUGCGGCGAUUAUGUUGAAGACCACCAUGUGAUGGUUCCAUUUCAAGCACUGCUCGCUUACGGAGUCGCCGUCGACGCCGUUUGCCCCGGUAAGAAAUCCGGCGAUAUUUGCCGAACUGCUAUACAUCAGCUUGGUGGUCACCAGACAUAUUCUGAGUCUCGGGGUCACAACUUCACCCUCAAUGCAACAUUUGAUGAAAUAGAAGUGUCAAAGUAUGAUGGGCUGGUCAUCCCAGGAGGACGGGCACCAGAAUAUCUGGCUCAUAAUGAAUCAGUUUUGGACUUGGUUAAACAAUUUGUGAGCUCUAAUAAACAAAUUGCGUCUAUCGGCCAUGGGCAAUUGGUCUUGGCUGCUGCAGAUGUAGUUAGAGGCCUAAAGUGCACAGCUUGUCCUCCUGUUAAACAUCUUCUUAUAGCUGCUGGUGCACAUUGGAUAGAGCCAGAGACAAUGGCUUUAUGCAUCGUUGAUGGGAAUCUAAUUACGGGGGCAACUUCUGAAGGGCAUCCUGAGUUCAUCAGGCUUUUUGUCAAGGCACUUGGAGGCAAAAUAUUUGGUUCUGGCAAAAGAAUUCUAUUUCUCUGUGGGGAUUUCAUGGAAGACUAUGAGGUAGCAGUACCGUUCCAGUCCCUCCAAGCACUCAAGUGCCAUGUUGAUGCAGUUUGUCCAAGGAAAAAAGCAGGUGAAAAAUUUCCUACCGCUGUUCAUGAUUUUGAAGGUGGCGAACAAACAUACAGCGAGAAGCCUGGCCAUGACUUCACCCUGAAUGCUUCUUUCGAUCAAAUCAGUGCGUCUAUGUAUGAUGGGAUUGUCAUUCCUGGUGGCAGAGCUCCUGAAUACUUGGCACUAGACAGCCGGGUUCUCAGAUUGGUAAAAGAGUUUAUGGAGUCUAACAAACCAGUUGCAUCAAUCUGUCAUGGACAACAGAUAUUGUCUGCCGCAGGUGUUCUCAAGGGAAAGAAGUGCACUGCAUACCCUGCUGUAAAGCUGAAUGUGGUUCUGGGAGGGGGAACAUGGUUGGAACCUGAACCACUAGAUCAAUGCUUUACAGAUGGAAAUCUGGUCACUGGGGCUGCUUGGCCAGGUCACCCGGAGUUUGUUUCUCAGUUCAUGGCAUUGCUUGGAGUGCGUGUUGCCUUCUGAACUCGGAUGAAGGCGGCUUGUGGUGUGUUUUAUUUGAACCCUACAUUUCUUUUUUUCAGUGUUCAAUUAUAUUGCUGCAAGUCAUAAAGUUUGAAGAGAAAAACAAUAAAUAUAUUUAUUAAUAAAUCCUCUUAUUCAGAAUAAAACAUAAACAACGAAUGAUUCUGAUGAAUAAUUGUG